AUGAACACUCUUCGGCUCGCCAAACGAAAGGGCCAAUCCUACCAGAAGGUCUCGGCGCAUGAUAUCGAUGAUGCUUGGAACGACCUCGAGAAACGCCCAUUAGUUGACGAUAACGACUCCAACGACUCUCCUCCCUCGUGCGCAGUUUCAUCUCGUCCUCGAUGGCGGUCAGGAGCAUGGCGGAUACGUUCCCCGCGCGCCUUUACAAGAUGCUUCUCGCUGGUUCUCGGUGGUCUUAUAAUUCUGUUCAUCAUAACAUUGACCAAGCUAGGCGCGGCGUCGUCAAGAGCAGUAUCGCUAGGUCUAUCAAAACCGAAACCACAACCCAUAGUCUGGGAAGCCUUCCCAUUCUUGAAGAGAUAUCAUGGUGGAAUUCGUACAUUGGUACAGAGGUCAGAGAAUGAGCCAGAGUAUCCUGGUGAAGGCAAGAACAUUCCGGACGUUUAUGCUGGAAAGAAGAGGAUUGAACAACGCGACAAUGUCGAGGAUAAGACCUGGGACUUCACGAAAUAUGGUUCCAAGUUUAAUCCUUACCCGGACUACUCGUCUGACGCGUAUGUUGCCGAAUGGGGCCCAGUCAAACAAUGUUAUCUUGAUGCAGAAAACACUGUCAAGAUCCCACAGCUAUACGCUUACAGUGGCGUGGUCAAAGGAACUCCAGACAAUGUCAUUGGCUCGUACGACGUUCUUGGUCUCAACAAAGACGUCUGUUUUGAGCGUUAUGGCAGACUUGGUCCUUAUGGCUACGGUUACAGCAAAAAGCUUGGAGGUAGUGGCUCAGGAAUGGCAGGAGAUAGGGAGGGCAUUGAAGAGGUGUGGAAACAAGAUUCUGAAGUCGACUAUCGGAACAUUGACUGGGCGGAUGUUCAGGAUCGAUGCUUAGCAGCCAAUCGUAAUCGAUUCGCAGAGAUGUCUCAAAGUAAAAACCACUUCUACUACAACAUGGGUUCUGGAGGGCCACACCGAGAGACCAUGGGUAAAGAAACUGGCGAACAGACGGUAGAAGAGAUCAAAACUCAAAAGACUCACGCAUCUGAAGAGAAUGUUGAAAAACGUCUUGCGAAGAAUAAGAAGAUUACCCGUAAUGCCGUCAUAAUCCGCACCUGGUGGGACUACAAUUACGACGAUGAAGAUAUAUGGUACCUGCGAGCCGUCAUCUCCGAACUCGCCAUCCAGACAGGUGGUGAAUAUACUGUCCAUUUUCUAGUCCAUGUCAAAGACGACAACUUGCCUAUCUGGUCGGAUGACCAGACUUACCAGCGUGUUCUCAACGAAUCUCUCCCUGAAGAGUUCCGCGGCAUGGGCACGCUCUGGACUGAAAGACAGAUGGGCUUGCUUUAUGGUGGUCUGGCAGAAAGUUUCUACAGAGACCUUCCCGUCCACGGUGUAUACCGCAGUACUUUCAUGCCAUUCCAGUACUUCGCGCACCAGCAUCCAGAGUAUGACUUCUUCUGGCAAUGGGAAAUGGAUCUCCGCUACACCGGUCACUUCUAUCAUCUCCUCGAUAAAGUCGGUGCGUGGGCUCGUCAGCAACCCAGGAAGCUUCUCUGGGAGCGAUCGUCCCGCUUUUAUGUGCCUUCCGAACACGGUUCAUGGGAUGACUUCAACACGCUUGUCAAAUAUCAGACAGAGCAUGGAACGGGAUCCAAAGGCAACAUGUACCAGAAGCUGCGCGAAUAUCACCCAAACCUACCAGCCAAUGCUCAGGCUCCAGGGAAAGCCGAGGAUCCAAUCUGGGGUCCCCUACCUCCCCUUGACGAUGAAUUAGAGACUGACAAUGACGUCAAUCCACCUGAAGGAGUCACUUUCAAGAGUGAUAAGUACGAAUGGGGCGUAGGUGAAGAUGCUGAUCUCAUCACUUUCAAUCCUAUUUUCGACCCUGAUGGCACAAACUGGAUUCUUGCAGACGAUGUCACAGGCUACAACACUACCCGUGGGAUGCCUCCACGCCGUACCGCUAUCAUCACAUUUGGCCGCCUGAGCAAGCGCCUACUAAACACCAUGCACCGAGAGUCCUCACUUAAGAGACAUACUAUGUUCUCUGAGAUGUGGCCUGCGUCGACCGCGCUUCAUCAUGGUCUAAAGGCUGUCUAUGCCCCACACCCAGUUUACAUUGACCGCAGAUGGCCCACGGAUUAUCUUGCGGCCAUCUUCAACGGAGGACGUAAUGGCGCUGCUGGUGGCGCAAGACUGUCUGUUUUCAGCGAUGAGAGACAGCACAAUUUCAGGGGCACUACGUGGUACUACGAUGCUGGUUUUGCGCCCAAUCUAUGGAAGAGAUGGAUGGGCUACAAGGUUGACAAUGACGGAGGCGAGCAAGAAGAAUUAGAAGGUGAGGGCAGAAUGUGCUUGCCUGCGAUGCUAGUGCAUCCUGUCAAGCAAGUUGACUUGGUGUUCGAGGAGAGUGAUCGGGCGGAUGGUGAGCAGUAA